AUAAAAUGGGUAGCAGUGAAUUAUAGCCCACUCUCUCUCCCCGUUAUCCUCUUGUGGAAUAGUAGCAGUAGCAGAUAAUACUAAGUAACAAUUAACCAUAUACAACAACAACAAAGAUGAAGCCUCUAAUGGAGCUUACCAUUCCCUACAAUUCAGCCACCACUUGCCUCUACCCAAAACCCCCACUAACCCCUCAAAUCUCCACACUUCACCAUCCUUUCAAUCCCUCAAAACAACGCCGCAAAACCACCACCUCCCAACUCCAAACGCCAGCUGGACUCACCGCCUCACUUCCUUCCCCAACAAUUCCAUCUCACAAGGUCACUGUCCACGACAGACAGAGAGGUGUUGUUCACCAGUUCACCGUCCCUGAGGACCAAUAUAUAUUGCACACAGCUGAAGCUCAGGAUAUAUCUCUUCCCUUUGCUUGCAGGCACGGUUGCUGCACUAGCUGUGCCGUACGAGUAAAGUCUGGAGAACUUAGACAGCCUGAAGCCCUCGGCAUAUCUUCUGAACUGAAAGCAAAGGGGUAUGCACUUCUUUGCGUGGGCUUUCCAUCCUCUGAUCUUGAAGUUGAAACACAAGAUGAAGAUGAGGUGUAUUGGCUUCAGUUUGGAAGAUAUUUCGCUCGAGGACCAAUUGAUAGAGAUGAUUAUGCAUUGGAGUUAGCCAUGGCAGAUGAAUAAGCUAUUAUUGAGAGCUGAAUUUGGAGUUAGGGAUCUCUGCGCGGACCAAAUGUGCAGAUUUUUAAUUUUGUUACGAGUCUCAUCUACUUAACUCCUUACCCAGCAAUGCAGCCCCUGUAAUAAUCUUCCAUUGUAUAAAUGACUAAGACUGAUAAUGUUGUAUCUUAGAUGUACACCAUCACUGUCAAUGUAUGUUUAAUCAUUUUCAUGCAUCAAUAUAAUGUUGUUAAGAAAUAGAAAAA